UUGGCUACAACCAUAUCUAUCUAAAUGCUAGCCCCUUCUACUUCCCUUGAGAAGAUUGCAGGGCAAUAAUUUCAAACCCAGUUUUUUUAUUUUUAUUUUUUUAUUUGUUUAUGUUUUUGGGUUGGUAGAAUUAAACUGAAAAUGAAUGCUGUUUGUCAAAUUCGCUCCGCCAAGUUUCCAUCUUUGCCAGGAGCAAGUUUUAGCAACUCAAGGACGCAACUAGCUUUCGUUCGGAAAAUCUUUCUUUGCCAGGCAAAUUUUGCUGACUCUGGGGUAAAUGGUUCAUAUAGCUUAAAAGUAGUACCUCAUACCCUUUUAGCUGCAGAAAAAGAAGAAGCAAAGGCUGUCUUAACCUUGUUCUUGAAGAAACAAGGUUUAAGCAAUGCUAUUGCCGCAAGAACUAUCAACAAGUCAGACCUUUUCAUUGACCACCUAGUCUCAAGGCUUCAUUCUAUUCAUAAAUCUCGUUAUCUAGUAGGGCGAGAGUUAACAACUCUUGAGAUCAGGGAUGCUCUUAUUCCUUACCUUGAAACCCUUCAAGAAGAGUAUGGGAGUGUUCUGUUAGAUGUGGUUGAAAGCUUUCCAAAUCCACCUGUAAAGGAAAAACCUGCUGCCCCAAUACCUGCAUCCCCAUCCCCAUCUCCAUCUGCAACCCCAUCCCCAUCCCAUCCAUCCAUUGACUCUAAGAAGCUAAAAGCUAUAUCUAGAGUAAGUGAGAUAGACCUGGAUGGGAAGCUUCGACCUCAAAUUCUAUAUCUCAUAGAGCUUGGCUUGGAUCUUGAUCAGAUCAAAGGAAUUACACGCAGAUUCCCUGCUUUUGCCUACUAUACUUUGGAGGGAAAAAUAAAGCCAGCGGUUGAGUUUCUACUUGAUCUUGGGGUGCCAAAGUCACAUAUUCCUACUAUCCUUUACAAAAGGCCUCAGUUAUGUGGUGUCAGUCUCUCUGAAAAUCUUAUACCCAACAUGGCGUUCCUUGAGAGUUUGGGUGUGGACAAGAAACAAUGGGCAAAAGUGAUAUACCGCUUUCCUGCCUUGCUCACUUAUAGCAGGCUGAAAAUAAAGACUACUGUAGAUUUUCUCUAUGAGAUGGGCCUCUCUGAACAGAGUAUUGGUAAGAUUUUAACACGCUGUCCGAAUAUUGUAAGUUAUAGUGUGGAGGACAAGUUACGUCCCACUGCUGAAUACUUCCGCUCAUUGGGAGUUGAUGUUGCUAUUCUUCUUCAUCGAACUCCACAAAAUUUCGGUCUUAGUAUAGAGACCAAUUUGAAGCCUGUGACAGAAUUUUUCUUGGAUAGAGGAUACAGUAUGGAGGAUGUUGGAACAAUGAUUUCAAGAUAUGGAGCCUUGUAUACUUUCAGCUUGGCAGAGAACUUAAUACCAAAAUGGGAGUUUUUCUUGACCAUGGAUUAUCCACAGUCUGAGCUUGUCAAAUUCCCUCAAUAUUUUGGUUACAGUUUGGAACAAAGGAUUAAACCGAGGUAUGCUCUUAUGAAGGAGUUUGGAGUGAUGCUGCUACUGAACCAGUUAUUAUCGCUAUCAAGUCAUAAUUUUGAUAAGGCUUUGAAGAAAAAACUGGACAAACUGCUUCCUGACCAGGAUCAAAGUUAAAGCAGAUAAUCAGAUAUCGAAGAAGGAGACGUAUAUGCCAGAUAUUAUAAGAACACAAGAUGCACAGUAUGUAAAGCAUUAUGGAAGAUCAACUGGCAGUUUGAAACCAAAUAUGGCUGCUUUUUCUGAGCAAUAGAAUCAAUGUAUUGUUCCAAAAUUAUCCAUCUCUUGUGACUAACAACUACUUCUGCAAACUAGAGGCGUUUUCUCAUUGCUGAGUUGUACAUAAGCUUCAAUUCUUUUGCGGGAUGUAUUUGCCAGUUUUUCUGUAGUGCUCAUGCUAAAUCCGUGGAAAUGCUCAAUGAUUAAAUUCUUUUCCACAUUGUACUGGAAAUGAGUACAUUUUAUCACUAAUUGAAAGUGUAUCCAAUUCUAAUAUAUGGGUUUGAGGAUAUUGUUCUUUUU